UGUUUUUCUUAUGAGCUUUUUAGAAAAAUAAACCUUUGUUUACCGGAAUUCCAGUUCCGGUUAUUUGGCCAGGAUGCAUCAGGCCUACAGUGUUCACUCGAUCCUUAAGCAGGGAGUUCAGAUUGAAUCGAUAGCGGCUUAUGGCAACCAUGUCAUCUUGGGCACCCGCAGCGGACAGCUUAUCAUGUACUCCGUUGACGAAGAGACCGGAGUGGAUAUGCGGAUGUUUAAUAAGAACUUUAGCCGGAAACCGAUAACCCAAAUGGAGGUGAUUGCGUCUGAGAACCUGCUUUUUGUUCUCACCGACAACCAGAUUCAAGUGUGCGACAUCCGAAGGAUUGAGAGUAACUUUGCAUUCAUGCACAGUGCCCAGGACACAAAAGGCUGCACUCUGUUCACUAUGGACGUAGACACUCCAAAAUCCACCACAGGACGUGUGGCCACCUUCAUUCGAGUGUGCUGCGCCAUCCGCCGGCGUUUGGUAUUCUUCUUCUGGAAGGAGGACAAGUUGAAUUCCCUUGAACUGAGCAUUGACCUUAGCGAUGUGCCUCGGACAUUGUGUUGGGUGGGUCAUGCUGUUUGUGUGGGCUACAAAGAUGAAUAUGUGGUUUACGAUAUAUCCGGAAAAACACCAAAGAAGCACGAUCUUUUUCUUACCUCUUCCACUAUCAGCAGAGAUCCCUGCAUCUGCCUUAUCCGAAACAACUUGCUGGGCAUUUCCAAGGACAGCUACCUUGUGGUAGUAGAUCCCAGUCAGUACAAGGAGCCUGAUGGCAAAAAUACCUCCACAGAUAUGAGAACGGGUGGCAUGGAGAGUAAGAGUUCCUUCACUCCUCUGUUGUGGUCAACUCCCUUGCUUGAUUUAGUCUGGGAUGAGCCAUAUGCCGUUGGUCGGGUCAACAAUGCUAUCGAGGUGCGUAGCCUGGUAGGUAAAGACACCCUAGUUCAGACAAUUCCUGAACUGCAGAAGACAAAAUUCCUGGUUCAUGCCGACAAGGGAACAAUCUUUGCUGCUGCCACCUCGGAGCUCUGGUGUAUCCGUAUGGUGGAAAUCCCAAUUCAGCGCCAGCAGUUGUUGCAGCAAAAAAGAUUCCAACUAGCCAUAGAACUGACGGAAAUUUCCGAUGAGCCAGAAGCAGAGCGAGUACAAACUAUUCGCCAGAUACACAUGCUCUACGCCAAGGAACUCUUCACCAACAAGGAAUUCUCGGCGGCCAUGAAAGAGUUUGAAAAAGCAGCCAUAGACCCCUAUGAUGUAAUAAGACUGUUUCCUAACUUGGUCCCUGAGCCUAAGGCUGGAAGCGAUGACAUCGCUGUGCCUACUUCCAGUGCCCCACCGCUGGAAGAUAGCGACUUGGAGAACGCAUAUUUAGCAUUGAUUGAGUACCUAGCUUUAGCCCGUCAGCGAGAGGUGGUCAAGCUGCGCGACACCAAGAAUAGUUCAAAGUCCCUGCUGGAGAUUAUAGAUACGACGUUGCUGAAGUGCUAUUUGCAGACGAACGAUUCUCUGGUGGCCCCGCUCCUCCGGCUUAACCAGUGCCACCUGGAGGAAUCGGAGAAGACGCUGAAGAAACACAAUAAGAUUUCAGAACUAAUCAUUCUCUAUCAAAUGAAGGGCAAGCAUAAAAAUGCCCUUAACUUGCUCCGCGAGCAGGCGAGUAUCGAAGGGUCGGUGCUCCAGGGCUGCAAGCGAACAAUACGCUAUCUGCAGGAGCUGGGCGGAGAUCAUCUUCCGCUUAUAUUUGAGUUCGCUGAUUGGGUCUUGAAAGAUUAUCCCGAAGAAGGUCUGACCAUAUUUACAGACACACUUAUCGAGGUGGAGUCUCUGCCACGCGCUAAAGUUCUGGACUUUCUGAUCAGUAAGCACAAAGCACUGGUCAUUCCCUAUUUAGAGCAUAUGAUAACUGAGUGGAAAGACAAAAACACUCUGCUGCACAAUGUGCUCCUCAAACAGUAUCGCGAACAGGUACAGCGUCUUCUUGCCCAGCAGGAAAAAGGAGAGGAAGUCCCCGAUUUGAUUCCGAUGCGGGCUAAGAUGUACAAGAUGCUGGACGAGUCCAAUGAUUAUUCGCCAGAUCGUGUACUAGAAGAAUUCCCCACCAAUAUGCUGCUGGAGGAGCGAGCCCUUAUUCUGGGGCGGCUCAAGAAGCACGAUAAAGUGCUGUCGAUCUAUAUUAAUGUUUUGGGCGAUGUGGCCAAGGCAGUUUCGUAUGCGGAAGCAAAUUACAAGGAUGAUGAGAAUGUAUUCCACACACUUAUAAAGUGCAUAUUGAUCCCACCAACUGAGCCGCCCUACGAAGGCGUUUCUUUGCAUCCAGAUUUCGUUCAAGUGAAUGUGGAUGUGGCCCUGGAAAUACUAAACACCCACGCCACUAAAAUCGAUCCGUUCGAAAUCUUUCAGUACCUUCCUGAUGACCUGCCUAUGCCCAAGUUGGAAAAAUAUCUAGAUAAAUCGAUACGUGCGAAAAUGGCCAAAAAGCAUCAAUUGCAGAUGAUGUGCGGCCUCCUAGAGGCGGAGUCUAACCGCUUAGAUGCUGAGUUAGAGAAGCAACGGAACAUUAGCUUCGAGAUAAACGAGUUCAGCGUUUGUGCAGAAUGCAAGAAGCGCUUUCCCAGUCAGUCUGCCUUUGUGCGCUACCCAAACGGAGAGAUAGUGCACCUAUCAUGCCAUGAUCGUAUCGCCAAGGCGGCUGGUGAUCAAUAAAUAUAAUGUGUGAUAACUGAUCAAAGUAUAAAGUGAGAAUUAUAUGUAUAAUUAUUAUUAACGAUUAUCUAGCUAGGCUUGUAUAAAAGACGCAAAAACCA